AUGUUCAUCAUUGUGUUUGUACUGACGCUAACAACGGCACUCUUCUGCCAAGUCUGGUGGAGUAAAAAAACAUUCGACAACAUGCCACUUCGCAACACGCACCCACCGGGUUCGACAGCAGACAGACGCAACAAAAACAGAAAUAAAACUAUCAACGAUUACCUUAAUGACGCCGGAAAUGAUUACAGAAAUGCUGAUGACGACGUUAAUGGCGACGAUGACGUCAUUAAGAAAAUCAAUAAUAAUGAUAAUAAUAAUAUGGAAUACAUCAACAACAACAAAAAAUAUGAUGUGGAAGAUCACGACGGAGGUAGAGAGAGUUAUGAUGAUUUAUUUCGCGGGCAUUUACAGUUGAGCAAAUAG